UUCAAACCCCAAACAGUGCAACUGAGACUUUUGUAUUAAUAUACUGCUGAGAAUAUGUAACAUGUUGUUACUAAUCAAUGUCAUUCUCUCCUUGUGGGUUUCCUGUGCUAAUGGACAAGAAGCGAAACCUUGUGAUUUUCCAGAAAUUCAACAUGGAGGUCUAUAUUAUGAGAGUUUGCGUAGACCAUACUUUCCAGUAGCUGCAGGAAAAUCUUACUCCUAUUACUGUGACCAAAAUUUUGUGACUCCUUCAGGAAGUUACUGGGAUUACAUUAAUUGCACACAAGACGGGUGGUCGCCAACAGUCCCGUGCCUCAGAACAUGCUCAAAAUCAGAUAUAGAAAUUGAAAAUGGAUUUAUUUCUGAAUCUUCCUCUGUUUAUAUUUUAAAUAAAGAAACACAAUAUAAUUGUAAACCAGGAUAUGCAACAGCAGAUGGAAAUUCUUCAGGAUCAAUUACAUGUCUGCAAAAUGGAUGGUCAGCACAACCAAUUUGCAUUAAACUUUGUGAUAUGCCUGUUUUUGAGAAUUCCAGAGCCAAGAGUAAUGGCAUGUGGUUUAAGCUCCAUGACACAUUGGACUAUGAAUGCUAUGAUGGAUAUGAAAGCAGUUAUGGAAACAUCACAGGUUCCAUAGUGUGUGGUGAAGAUGGCUGGUCCCAUUUGCCAACAUGCUAUAAUUCUUCAGAAAAGUGUGGGCCUCCUCCACCUAUUAGCAAUGGAGACACCACAUCCUUCCCGCAAAAAGUGUAUCUGCCAUGGUCAAGAGUCGAGUACCAGUGCCAGUCCUACUAUGAACUUCAGGGUUCUAAAUAUGUAACAUGUAGUAAUGGAGCAUGGUCAGAACCACCAAGAUGCGUAUUAAUGAAACCUUGUGAGUUUCCAGAAAUUCAAUACGGACAUCUAUAUUAUGAGAAUAUGCGUAGACCAUACUUUCCAGUAGCUGCAGGAAAAUCUUACUCCUAUUACUGUGACCAAAAUUUUGUGACUCCUUCAGGAAGUUACUGGGAUUAUAUUCAUUGCACACAAGAUGGGUGGUCGCCAACAGUCCCGUGCCUCAGGACAUGCUCAAAAUCAGAUAUAGAAAUUGAAAAUGGAUUUAUUUCUGAAUCUUCCUCUUAUAUUUUAAAUAAAGAAACACAAUAUAAUUGUAAACCAGGAUAUGCAACAGCAGAUGGAAAUUCUUCAGGAUCAAUUACAUGUCUGCAAAAUGGAUGGUCAGCACAACCAAUCUGCAUUAAACUUUGUGAUAUGCCUGUUUUUGAGAAUUCCAGAGCCAAGAGUAAUGGCAUGUGGUUUAAGCUCCAUGACACAUUGGACUAUGAAUGCUAUGAUGGAUAUGAAAGCAGUUAUGGAAACACCACAGGUUCCAUAGUGUGUGGUGAAGAUGGCUGGUCCCAUUUACCAACAUGCUAUAAUUCUUCAGAAAACUGUGGGCCUCCUCCACCUAUUAGCAAUGGAGAUACGAAGUCCUUCCCACAAAAAGUGUAUCUGCCACGGUCAAGAGUCGAGUACCAGUGCCAGUCCUACUAUGAACUUCAGGGUUCUAAAUAUGUAACAUGUAGUAAUGGAGAGUGGUCAGAACCACCAAGAUGCACAUUAAUGAAACCUUGUGAGUUUCCAGAAAUUCAAUACGGACAUCUAUAUUAUGAGAAUAUGCGUAGACCAUACUUUCCAGUAGCUGCAGGAAAAUCUUACUCCUAUUACUGUGACCAAAAUUUUGUGACUCCUUCAGGAAGUUACUGGGAUUACAUUCAUUGCACACAAGAUGGGUGGUCGCCAACAGUCCCGUGCCUCAGAACAUGCUCAAAAUCAGAUAUAGAAAUUGAAAAUGGAUUCAUUUCUGAAUCUUCCUCUAUUUAUAUUUUAAAUAAAGAAACACAAUAUAAAUGUAAACCAGGAUAUGCAACAGCAGAUGGAAAUUCUUCAGGAUCAGUUACAUGUUUGCCAAAUGGAUGGUCAGCACAACCAAUUUGCAUUAAACUUUGUGAUAUGCCUGUUUUUGAGAAUUCCAGAGCCAAGAGUAAUAGCAUGUGGUUUAAGCUCCAUGACACAUUGGACUACGAAUGCUAUGAUGGAUAUGAAAUCAGUUAUGGAAACACCACAGGUUCCAUAGUGUGUGGUGAAGAUGGCUGGUCCCAUUUGCCAACAUGUUAUAAUUCUUCAGAAAAGUGUGGGCCUCCUCCACCUAUUAGCAAUGGUGGUACCAUCUCCUUUCUACUAAAAGUGUAUGUGCCACAGUCAAGAGUCGAGUACCAAUGCCAGUCCUACUAUGAACUUCAGGGUUCUAAUUAUGUAACAUGUAGUAAUGGAGAGUGGUCAGAACCACCAAGGUGCAUAUAUCCAUGUAUAAUAACUGAAGAAAACAUGAAUAAAAAUAACAUACAGUUAAAAGGAAAAAGUGACAGAAAAUAUUAUGCAAAAACAGGGCAUACCAUUGAAUUUAUGUGUAAAUUGGGAUAUAAUGCAAAUACAUCAAUUCUAUCAUUUCAAGCAGUGUGUCGGGAAGGGAUAGUGGAAUACCCCAGAUGUGAAUAAGGCAGCAUUGUUACCCUAAAUGUAUGUCCAACUUCCACUUCUCACUCUUAUGGUCUCAAAGCUUGCAAAGACAGCUUCUGAUAUUGUUGUAAUUUCUACUUUAUUUCAAAGAAAAUUAACAUAAUAGUUUCAAUUUGCAACUUAAUAUGUUCUCAAAAAAUAUGUUAAAACAAACUAAAUUAUUGCUUAUGCUUGUACUAAAAUAAUAAA